GCACAGUAAACAUGUUAGUAGAUAGUGGAGUGUCCACCAGUGUUUACUGUCAUUAUCGGGUGUUUGUGUGUUGAAGUGGAGACUGUCAAUGAAAUCUUUGUGCUGCAUUGCAUUCCAGUCAGUUUGGUGCAACCGUUCUGUAACAGUUUAGUUUUUGAUCAUAUUUAAUACUAUUGAGUGUUAAACAUGAAGCCCAAAAUUAGUGAACCAAGUGGAAAUGUUGUGUUUUACCAGCCCUACAAAUACAGCUCCUUGAAUGCAUUACAGGGGUUAGGCAAAAUGCAUGGAGCUCGGCGUGUUAUUGCAUUUUGUCUUAUGACAGCAGUGCUUCCGACAAUCCUGCUCAUCAUCCCCCUCUAUCUGCGGCACAGUGUAUACACCGACACCAUCUACGCAGUUGCAGAGUCCGAUGUCGUUGAGAUGGGCAACGGCAAUGGAAUUUCAACUGUGUUUUGUCAGGGCCACUCCCUUCGGAUGAACUCAACGUUUAGUGCCUUUCAGAUGGCAGGUAUCCCAGAAACAUCACAGACAAAUCGGAAACAUAUUCAGUUAAAAAAGAGCAUGAAUUUACCUGACGACACUUUGGAAUAUUGGGGUUUCUAUUUACCUAGAGGUUCAACAGUGAAUCUAUCAGUAUGUGCAAGGUAUGAUGGAGCACAUAUUUUGGUGGUGAGUGGAGAUAAAGUGCUGAACAACUGCGGUCCCAUCACUCCCAGCAUGAACGGAGCUCCGCACAUGGCCCAAGGGCAGGGUAAGGUAGUAGUGACCUACGAAGGAUCUGCCAAGGAGAUUUUCCACUCAGACUCUCAGACCUUUAGAGAGCAAUUGAAAGCCAGGGCUAAUAUUGGGGAAGAAGAUGAUACGGAGAAUCAUGGAGGUGAAGUGGAUGAAGAAAAUAUGGCAGAAGUGCUGGAAAGGAAACAGAGACACCAGCGAACAAGGAGGAAGCAUGUUCGUGAUUUUAGUUACGACAAAGAGGAAAAUACGACCAAUGAGAAAAGAGAUAUUAGGAAGAGGGAUUUGGAAGAUCUGCUUAACAGUAAAGACCUGGCGACGAUCAGAAGAAAGAGGAAAGCAGAAGCUGUCCCUAAGAUCAAAUUAGACGGUGGUAUCGCUCACGGCGGCAACGCUAUCAACUUUACAAAGUCAGAAAACGAUUCUUCUAUAUCAAGUUUUGAGCAGAACCUUCUCACUUGCCACGAUGGGCGGAUCCUGCUGUGGAAGGAGUUUUCACCAUCAGAACUGUGCACAAACUUCAAUUACUUGGUAAACAAUCAUUCUCAUUUGCAAACAACUCACGAGGUUGUUGAAAAUGGCUACUAUUAUUACAUUUUUUAUAGUGAUAAUGACUUUCGAGAUAACUCAAUACAUGCUGUAUUCGAUAUCUAUAAGCCAACUUACCAAUAUUUGAAUUAUACCAAAGGGUGUAUUAAUGUCACUGAAUGCACUUUCCCUAUAAAGAUGUUCUCGGAUGACAUGGUAGUGGUAGAAGUCCCUACUAGAGAUGGUAUAGAGCAUGAAUCUGAUGAUAUCACACAUUUGGUUUCAACUUGUCAGCCGAGAACAGCGAUCUAUGCUAUUUUCCCAGUUGCUGUUCUCUUUCUUAUACUCGGCUGUGCUUUCCUCUAAUGCUAGGAAUUUUAUUCUUUGAAAGAGACUGAAUAGGAUAAAAUAUGACAUUUUUGUGUCUGUUGAAUGCCUGAUAAUCCAGCAAUUUUUUAUGGAACUUAAAUUUGUAGAUCUCAGUUUUGGCUUUAUUUUUUUAUAGUAGGCCCUUGUAUAUAUAAAUAUAGACAUUGAUUGAUAUAUUUUUUAUUACAAUCCCAAUUUGAAAAUUUUAUUUUUAAUUAAUAUAUCAGUCAAAAAAUGAAAAUUGAAAUUAUUGAUUGGUAAAAUUAAAUAAUAAUAAUAAAUCAAUUUUAAACCAUUAGCUAUCAAAACUUAG